AUGUACGACGCAGGUCGUCGUUCCUCGGAACAACGAGCAGCCAUGAUCAAAGUCGCAGUCGUCGGCACCAACGGGCUAGCACAGUACAUUGUAAACUGUCUAGCAACUCAAACUUCACAUCAGUUCGUGAUCUUAUCUAGAAGGGUGGGUUCUGAUCCAACAAGCGUGGAGAGUGAUUCUGAGAUCUGGCAGCCUAGCCCGGGGCUCACUGCGAAGGGAUGGCAAGUAUUGCAGGUUGACUAUUCCAACUCCGCCGACCUCAGGUUCAAGUUAGCUGGUGUCGAUACUGUCAUCUCAACCAUUUCGGGAAACGCUCAGCUCUCUUUGAUCGAUGCUGCGGCUGCGGCACAUGUUCGACGGUUUGUGCCGUCAGAAUUCGGAGGGCCACCUUCGUUGCGUCCUCAGAAUGAUCUGCUGGACCAGGGUCGCCGGGCAGCCAUUCUGCGACUUCACCAACACGAGGCUUCAGGGAUGAAGUUUGCAAUAUUUACCUGUGGUAUACUGUACGAAAGAUUUGGGCCUGGGGGGCUGGCGGCGUCUCAGAUUGGUUUGAGCAGCCAGAUUGCUCAAGAAGGACAAUUCUUGAUGGACUUUCGACGCAGAAGGGCCCAAAUCCCACACAACAGUGCCUCCGGUCAGCCUGCAAUGGUGUGCAUGACAUCGGCACAUGAUGUAGCCAGGUUCGUUGUGGCUGCAUUGGACCUUCCUUCAUGGCCACGGGAAUUCAGGUUAAGAGGAGAGAGGAUGAGUGUUCGAGGCAUUGUUGCCGUCGCCGAGGCCGUCCAAGGCCGGCCUUUCGAAGUUUCUGCUAUUACCAGGUCCUCGUUGCAGGAUUCGCUGACAUAUGCCCGAGCAGUGGGCGACCGGGCUCGUGAAAGUCGCUUACACCACCUCCUUGUCACUGCCGAGAAUCGCUAUGACUUUGCCAACACAAACCUCAAUCAGCUGGUCUCUGUACACCCCGAGAGGUUUCGUGACUACCUGAUCCGAGUGUGGUCUUCGGCGACAUGA